CGCGCUCGGCAGACGCUCCCUGGGCCGCUCCCCCACUCUCGCUCUAUGCCGGGCGCGUUGGGCGCUACCAACGCCUUCCGCGGGGAGGGGGAGGGCAGGUAAACAGGCAAGAUGGCGGCGGCGGAGAGCUCGGCCCCGGCGAGCGAGGGCGAGGGGAUGGGCCUGACGGACCUGCCGAGCGAGCUGCUGGAGCUCAUCCUCUGCUGCGACGUGCUGGGAGCCGCCGACAUCGGCCGGGUGUCCUGCACCUGCCGCCGGCUGCGGGAGGCGUGCCAGCCCCGCGGCAAGGUGUGGCGGGAGCGGUUCCGCCUCAGAUGGCCAUCACUGCUGAAAUACUACAGCCACACAGACGGCAUUAGCUGGCUUGAGGAAUACAAAGCACGGCAUGACGCUGGUCUAGAAGCCCAGAGAAUUGUAGCUUCGUUCUCCAAAAGGUUCUUCUCAGAACAUGUUCCCUGUGAUGGAUUCAGUGACAUUGAGACUCUCGGAUGCCCAAGUCAUUUUUUUGAAGAUGAGCUAAUGUGUAUCCUUAACAUGGAAGGAAGGAAAGGUCUAACCUGGAAAUACUAUGCAAAGAAAAUUCUAUACUUCCUACGGCAACAGAAUAUAUUAAAAAAUCUGAAGGAGUAUCUGCAGCGCCCGACUGAUCAGCAGUCAUUUUUGGAGGGUGCCGUUUUAAUUGACCAAUACUGUAACCCACUGUCAGACAUCUGCUUGAAAAGCGUCCAGGCACAGGUGGAUGACAUCACAGAUAAAGUGCGUGAAGUCCUGCGAUCAAAAAAUCCAAGGCAUCCCAGCUUGGCUUCCAAGGCAGGAGAGGUCCUGAUUCCAGAAGUGGAGCUUCAGCGGCAGGUACUUGAUGCUAUGAAUUGUGUCCUGUACGAGCAGUUAAAAUACAAAGGAAAUGAGCUGGAUUACUAUAACUCCCUCAAUUCAUACAUUCACCAGGUUUUGAUCCGCAGGACAGGAAUUCCCAUCAGUUUAUCUGUGCUUUAUUUAACGAUCGCCAGGCAGCUGGGAGUCAGACUUGAACCAGUCAACUUUCCCAGCCAUUUUCUGCUGCGAUGGUGUCAAGGAAAGAAAGGAAGCACAGAUAUUUUUGACUACACCUACAUUGACGCCUUUGGGAAGGGGAAACAGCUGACGGUGAAGGAGUGCGAGUACCUUAUUGGCCACCAUGUGACAGAGGAGUUCUAUGGAGUGGUGACUUCAAAAGAGGUCUUGCAGCGUAUGGUGGGAAAUCUCUUAAACCUUGGCAAGCGAGAAAGCACUGAUCAGUCUUACCAACUCUUGAGAAACUCGUUGGAUCUGUACCUGGCCAUGUAUCCGGACAAUGUGCAGCAUCUAAUGCUCCAGGCUAGGUUAUACUUCCACCUGGGAAUCUGGCCAGAAAAGGUUCUGGACAUCUUGCAGCAUAUUCAGGCUUUGGACCCAUCCCAGCACGGGGCCGUGGGGUACUUGGUCCAACACACACUAGAGCACAUUGAGCGCCGGAAGGAGGAGGUGGGCCCGGAGGUGAAGCACCGCUCAGAUGAAAAGCACAAAGAGGUCUGCUUUUCCAUCGGGCUCAUUAUGAAACACAAGAGAUACGGCUAUAACUGCGUGAUUUAUGGCUGGGAUCCUGCCUGCAUGAUGGGACAUGAAUGGAUCCGGAAUAUGAACGUCCACAGCCUUCCAAAUGGCCCCCACCAGCCUUUCUACAACGUGCUAGUGGAGGAUGGCUCUUGCAGAUAUGCUGCUCAAGAGAACCUGGAAUACAACUCUGAGCCUCGGGAGAUCCCUCACCCUGAUAUUGGCCGCUAUUUUUCAGAGUUUACUGGCCUUCACUACGUAGCAAACACCGAGCUAGAAAUUCGGUACCCAGAGGAUAUGGAGCUCACUCGUGCCACGGUUCAGAAGAUCUACAGUUCAGGCAAGGAGUGAGUGCAGAAGGCAUUGUGAGGACAGAAGCAGCUGGAGUGUAGCUUUACCCUCUUUGCAAAACUUGCAUGGAAGGCAAGUUUGGUGACAAUCCUUUGGCUUAAUGCAAUGAAAACUGCGUUGAACUUUGUAACUGGUGCUAUAGCAUCUUCCCAUUGCCUGCCUGCCCACUCCGACGCAAAGGCUCAGGACACAGUCACAGCUGAGGCCAAGCGUAAGGAUCUUGCAGGGACAGUCAUGCUGGAAAGCGUGUUGUCCUUUGGAAGGAUUUGCACAUACUACUCAUUCUGUGAUCAUCUUGCCUAGAAGGUCUACGCACUGAGAUCCUUGGUGUGGAAUGUGGAAGAACCCCCUCUACCAGAGAAGGAAACUGCGUGUCCUUGCAAUAUUGUGGGGUUUUUGUUUGUUUGUGGUUUGUUUAGGUUUAUUUAAUGUAUCUGUCUCAUGCAGGCAAUAGUUUUUAAAGUCUUACGUUUCACUGUUGUCUUCUCACGUUUGAAUUUCUGGUUAGAGUUUGCUUUACCUCUGUAUUCUGAUUGUUCAUAGAGCUACUGUUCUGACUCGGGAUUUCCUUACAGGCUGGGAAAGAGCCCUGGCAACACAACUGUGGGCUUCCGGGGGUGGCAAGCAGAAUGAUAAAUCUGACAUCCAGUUGGCCUAAUGCAGAAGAUGAGCUUCUAGCCCUUUUCCAUGCCUGCUAAACACACCCUUUCCUUGUUCUUUGAUCUGUUCAUUCUGUAUGCCCAAGGAAGGAUCUGCAGCACAGCUGGGUGUGUUCCCAGGAUGAUACUGAACCUCGUGGCGCUGUUUCAUUGAAGCUUUGAGCUCAGUGACAGAAUGACUUUGAUAUAUGAGGAGUUUCCACUCGCUGCUGUCUCCAGUCCGUAGGUAUUUAUGCAAUACAGUGGGAUCGUGACUGGAAACAGGCCAACCCUGGAGUCAGCCAAACUGUGUAUGGAGGAGAGAUGUUAAUUCCUGCAGCUUGUGGCCUUCCUCCUUUUUGCCAAAAGAGAAUGGAUUUUGAGGGAGCGCAUACUCUGCUGCCCAGAAGGAAAAAGCUUUAGCAGCUCAAGGCACAUGAAUUUAGCACAUCUUAAAGGCCCAGACGGAACCAAUGCAGAAAAGCUUUUCCUCUGGACUCGGGUGUUAUGAGGUGCAGUGUGAUGCUGUUUGUGCGUACACAGAGCCCGCACGUCGUCGUCAUUUCUGCAGCGACAUCUGUACAGUAGCUGCAGCGAACAUCCUAUCCCUGUCCAGUUGCCGUACAGUAGUGUCAGAGAUGAGAAAUAGGUGCUGUCCUCUGUAGUGUUAGGUGGAUGCUCUUUGUCUGUUAUAGCACUUCAGGUAUCACCACGUCAAGUCACGCAGCCCUUCUCUUAAAGGAGUGCUUGACCUGCAUGCCCUCCCGUUAAAACAUUGAGCACUGAUUCAAUAUGAAAGAGAACUACUCAAAGUCUAGUGCUUUUGCCGGUGGAGUGGUGCUGGUCUGCAGGAAUCUCAGUGCUUUGGGAAGAGCAGCCCUGUGGUUAGUGCCAAGGAAUGCUGAAGGUGCUGUACUCCAAGUAGAACUAUGUUUUUAAAUAAUUUGGUCCUGAAAUAAAUUCUUCCCUCCCCCGCAGUUUAUGUGGAAGCAGACUGGAUCCAAGGCAGGGUAGGAGUCAUCAGGCAAAAUCUAAAAAUCCAUCUCUUGGUUUUGAGGGUUGGAGUAGUCCCCAACACUCAGCCCUUUCUGAGGGUGAGGUGAAAGCAGACCCCAAAAGAUUCCUAGCAGGGAUGCGAGGUUGGGAAUGGGACUGUGGAGUCACAAGGCUGAUGCUGGUAGCUGAGAACAUGCAUGCGGGAGCAGGGCCUGGGAUUUCCAUUCCCAGCCUUUGAGGCAGGCUCUGCGACAGCAUAGAUACCAAUGAGUUUCCUGGGGCAUUGUGCUCCCCUCUACCAAGCGGGUGGUCUGCUGACGCCUCUCAAGAAAAUUGCCACAUACUGAGCUCGUAGGAGUCCUCAGGAAGAAGUGCUGCCUGAACACCGAGGAGAAUCGUGCCAUAAAAAAGCCACAGGAGUCAAUCUGCCCAGAGUUUCUCUUGAGAGCUGGUGCUGGACAAUGCAUAUCCAACCCACUUGAAAACAUGCUGCGUACUUUAAAUGAGGGUCCCAGAGUAGCCAGCAGAACCCAUUCUACUUGUCUUUUUGGGGCCACUCUGUAUAUUCUGAAGAGAGUUCAGACAUGGGGGAAGUGUGGGAGCUGCUCUUCAGACGGUUCACACACACUUCUCUCACCCGCAGACUCAGCCAUUUCCGUUUUUGCGUGGAGUGCAGAAGUUGUUUCUGUGCACUGGGACAGAUGUACUGCAAAGUGGCUUCUGUUCACAAGACAAUGCAGCCAGCCCUGUGACUGAAACCUCUUGUCCCUUCAGCAAACGUCUUGUAGAGAAGCUGUCCCC